UAAUAAUUUUACACUUUACAGUUUCUGUUUCACCCAUUUUCGCGUUGUCCUCCACUUUUUCCAUCAGUUUGUCAGCCUUGCUAAGUAAUCCGUAAAAGCAAGAAUUACUGUUGAUUUUUUUAUUUCUUUCUUUGUAUAAUUUUUUCAGCAGCGCGCUCGUGGAUUGUCUUUCGUUAGACGGCAGUGCCUUCGAUCACACGCAAGCGUCAGUUCGUGAUGUGUUGAGUUCGCUGUGUCUCCCGUGGCGCUGGAUAAUUUGCCUGCCCCAUCAGCUGUGUUUCAUGGCAUCCGCAGGGCAUUAUCCUGAUUUGUAUCUAUUCCUGUCUCGCUAAUACGCUCUAAUAGCACUCUAUAAUGAUCCCUGUUGGUGUUUGACGCGCGACGAGAACAAUUUGACUGAUCAUUUCGCCGUUGACAAUCCGCCAUCGUCAGUCUCCGAUUUUCCGCGUUCUUUCUUCUGCUUUUGAUAUUGACGUUAUUUCUGCUGUCUUUUACAUCCUAAUUCUUGUGGAAAAUUUGGCAAAUUAUUCAGGGAUUUUUUUACAAAUUGAAUUAUGAUGGCGGGGACUAAUCAGGAUGGGAAAAACGGCGGACCGUCGUCGUCGAUGGCGCCAACGAAACACGAAGGGGUGCUGUCGAAGUGGACGAACGUGGUGCGUGGUUGGCAGAAUCGCUGGUUCGUGCUGGAUCCGGUGCACUGCACACUGGAGUAUUAUUUGACGGAAGAGGAUCGCGGACAGAGUCCCCGUGCCGUUGUCAAACUUCCCGGUGCCACCGUGUCGCCCAGUUCGGAAGACGCCCAGAUCUUCGUUCUGCAUUCAGCUAACGGCGAGGUGUAUAAAUUCAAAGCCCAUGACACGAAGGAGCGCCAGAAAUGGGUUAACCUGCUGCGCUGCGUCAUCUCGCCCAACUACGGCCUGAACGAGCCGGCCAUUCCGCCGCGCAGCAACAGCACCGGCCCGCCGUCCACCCCCGGGGGCGGCAGUGCCGGCGGGCAGGAGCGCGAGAGCACCCCGCGCACCAGCAGCCUCAACCGGUCCUACUCGCCCCCACCGGCCUAUUCCGCGGUGAUGGCUGGACGCAGCUUCUCCUCGGAACCGGCCACAGUCAAGUUCGAGGAGCCCUUCGGCCCGGCACGCAAUAUCAUCGCCAAGAUCCGCGAUAAACGCAUGGAGAUGUGCAAGCUGAUUGAGCACUCCAAUCCCGCGGAUGAUCCCAGCACGGCCGGCCACACUCCCGACCUCCUCCUGCUGAAAUCCACCUCCCUGGCACAAUGGGACUGCCUGCACCAGUGUCUGUUUGCCCUGAUGAACACGGAUGUGCCCGAGACGACGGGAACAGGGUAUUGCGGGGUGAAUACGUAUGAUUUGAAGCAGACGCCACAGACCGCGCAGCAACGGGACGUGGACACGUCGACGCCCUUUGAGAGCCCCCAGGGAUCGUCGUCCGGCGGCAGUGGGAAGGAGGGGACGCCGCGCUCAUCCAGUGUCCAGGGGGGACGGGUGGAGGGGCUGACGACGGCGUCGCCCGCCCCGGAGCAGCGGCGCAGUGUGUCGCCCGCCCCGAUUCGUACUUUAGCUAAUUCAGAAGAGGCUGCUGAGACACCCCCGCCCACCGUGGAAAUGCCGAUUUUACGCGGGAAAAAUCUGCCGGUGACGGAGGAAGCCGAAGCCAAGUUAGUGGUGGUCAGCGCGGAGACACCGCCGGCCAAACCCAAUCCGGGACCGCGUUCCCGCAGCUCCUCGGGUUCCGGGGUGCCGCCGAAGAUCCUCCGUCAGGAUUCCCGCCCACCGGCCUUUGCCGAUGAUCAGGAAGAGGUCACCGAUGAGGAGGAGACCGAUUCCGGGGAAUUGGGCUCGGUGGAGAGCGAGAAGAGCGUGAUUCUGCAUUUAAUUGGCCAGCUGAAGAUCGGCAUGGAUUUGACAAAGGUGACGCUGCCGACGUUCAUCCUGGAGCGCCGGUCCCUGCUGGAGAUGUUCGCCGACUACAUGGGCCACGCGUACGUCCUGCUGCGCAUCUCCGACAUGGAGACGCCCGAGCAGCGCAUGCUGGCCGUCCUCGAGUGGUACCUGACGUCCUUCCACAUUGUCCGCAAGGGCACCCAGGCCAAAAAACCCUACAAUCCCAUCAUUGGCGAAACCUUUCACUGUUCCUGGAAAGUUCCCGGCGAAUCGUCGGCCGUGGCGUCCAGUGAGAUCGCUCCGUCGUCCACCGGGCCCAAAAGUCUGCUGCGGCUGAAAUACGUCGGUGAACAGGUGUCCCAUCAUCCGCCCGUAACGGCCUUUUAUGUGGAGUGUCCGGAGAAGAAGCUGUGCAUGAACGCGUCCAUCUACACGCAGUCCAAGUUCUACGGCCUGUCCAUCGGCGUGAACAUGAUCGGCAUGGCCAAGCUGAGCGUCAUCCAGUACGGCGAGGAGUACACCUUCACCCUGCCCUCCGCCUACGCCCGCUCCAUCCUCACCGUGCCCUGGUGCGAGCUGGGCGGGAAGGUGCAGCUGGAGUGCAAGAAAUCCGGCUAUUCCGCCGAAGUUGUCUUUCAUACCAAGCCUUUCUAUGGUGGAAAACUGCAUCGCGUGACGGCGGAUGUGGUGAAUCCGCAGGGCAAAGUGGCGUGUAAAGUAUCCGGCGAGUGGAAUGGAUCCUUCGAAUUUGCCAUGACCAAUGAGUCGCAGAAUAAAUCGGCUUCGAAGACCAUCGACAUCAGCUCCCUGCCGGUCAUCCGCAAGCGCUGCCGUCCCAUGGACAAGCAGGAUCCCUUCGAGUCGCGCCGGCUGUGGAAGAAGGUGACGGAGGCGCUGGCCACGGAGAAUAUCGAGCGGGCCACGCAGGAGAAGAACGCCCUGGAGGAGGUGCAGCGCCGUGAGGAGAAACAGCGCAAGAUCAACGACCAGCGCUUUCCCAAUAAGUUUUUCCAUUUGGAAGACGGCAACUGGAUCUUCAACACGCCGCUGGACAAGCGGAGCACCAGUUCCCCCUCCUCACCCGCCAGUCGCCGAUAAUGCGGGGUCUGAAGGGUCCAGAUCUUCCCGGCGACGAUGGGAGCGUUUUGUGUCGAUUAGCUUGUGAUGCAUUUUCCUGCAGAAGAUGACGGUUGUAGCGGUCCUAUCUAGGGGGCCGGAUAAGAACGGGGGUUGUGCUCGUAAUAAUCGCUGCUGUUUUUCCUGUUUGGGGCUGGUGGCUGCUGAUGAUUAAUGUUGCGGUAAUUCAGGGGAGUUGGGGGGGUGCUGAUUGUUUCUGGCUCUCUGUUUUUUUCUUCCCUUCUUGCCCGUUUGGUUGCUCGGUGGAUGGGACGGGGUGGAGGGGGGUGCGGUUCAUUUAGCCGUUAAUUCGUGGCCAGGUCGGUUGCAACGGGUUCUGUUUACCAUGUUUGUCUAAUUUCUGAUUGAUUGUGAUUUGGCAACGGCGUUAAUAAAAA